AUGUCUAUGUUCACAGACCUCUCUUUGAGCUAGCUCUGCGAACUAUAUUUUCAUUCUUUUUUCUUUGAUCAUUUAAAUAGUUUAAUACAAAACCACAUUAAAUUACAAAUCGUAAACAAUAGUCAUGUUUCUUCCAUAAUUUUGUACAAAAGAAAGACAACGAAAAGAAGGAAAAAGGAGAGAGGAGAAAAAAUGAGGAAAAAAAACAUCAAUGCAGCGCCAAAUGCUUCAGUCGGUCGCACACCACAAGGUUCAACGGAACAUACUGAAGCAAGCCAGCACCCACGCAGUAUUACCACGGGUGAUGGCGAGGCUAAGACGUUGGAAAAGCUAAGCGUGAGCCGCCAACUACAAGAACUUCGCCGUUAGAACUUCAUUACAGGCCGGAAGAAAUGGUUCAUUAACAGGUCCCGAUACAUAAGGAUUUUGUUCCGUUCGGCUACGGAAGCAGUGAGCCUCCCAUUUACUGCAGCAUCCAGGAUUUGAGAGGGAGCAAAGGGGUCACAGACUGUGACAUCCCAGAUGAGGCACCUACCUCUUACCUAAGCUUUUCAUGGCAGUCGAAUAACUCCAAUUCAACAGAAAUUUGAACACACCUAUGGUAAAAGACUUUCUUGCCAUCAUCAUCCGGUCUUUAUUUAUACACUGUCAAAUGUGUCUUUCAGCAUGUGAUUUGUUGGUACCGAAGAAGGAAAAAAAUAUUUAAAAAAUUUUGCCCGUAAAUCUAUUCUAGCAUAUUAAGUUCCUUCAUAAAGGCUCCCUUGUUGAUAAAUAAUAGUUAUAUUGGAUGUUUUUUUUAAAUUUCAUCAUGCGUUUGAUAUAAAUUGGAGGAAGUAAAUUAUGAUUGAAGGUGUUUCUCAAUUAAAUUGUGUUAGGGACUUUUAGCAUGUCACCGGUGUCAUUUUGACAAGGGAAGCAUUGUUAUUGACACCGUGUACUUAAUAUCCCAAUGUUUUGUUCAGUUAAUUGAUUUAUAUUGUAUAAACUCACAAAAAAAAUUCUUUUAACAAUAAUAGAUUGUAUUCACACACACUUCUCAGUUUUUCAGAAUUCCUUGUAACUUGAUAAUAUGGAAGACGUUGAUCACGUAGACACUUCAAAUACAGCAGUUUUGAAUGCUAUAGAUUCAGAUACAAGGACAUACAACAGUGAGAAAUUUUUACAUAGUGAAACAUUUACUAAACAAAGAUCAUUACAGAAAAACAUUACUGAAUAUUGUUGUGAGAUUUGUAAGAAAAGAUUCUCUUUAGAAGAGGAAGUCAUCAUACACAAAAAAAUACACAACGAAAAAUCUUACCAAUGUGAAACAUGCAGAAAAUAUUUUGUCAAUAAGCGUUCUUUGACAAGGCAUAAAAGAAUACAUACUGAAGAAAAUCCCUGUCACUGUGAAAUAUGCGGGAAAUCAUUCUCUGUUAAGUCUAGUCUUGUAGUUCACAAACGUAGACACACUGGUGAACAACCAUUUCAAUGUGAAAUUUGUGGGAAAUCUUUUGUCGCUAACACUGAUUUAACAAGUCAUAAACGAAUUCACACUGGAGAAAAACCAUAUCCAUGUGAAUUAUGUGGGAAAUCGUUUACCAAUAACAGCAAUUUACACAGACAUGAACGAAUACACACUGGAGAGAGAAAAUGUUCCUGUGAAACAUGUGGAAAAUCUUUUGUCAAUAAUAAUGAUUUAAGCAGACAUAAAAGAACACAUACUGGAGAGAAACCAUAUUACUGUGAAAUAUGUGGAAAAUCAUUCACUAAUGAUUUUAAUGUUGUCACUCACAAACGUAGUCACACAGGAGAAAAACCCUAUAAUUGCAAAAUAUGUGGAAAAUCUUUUGCCAACAAUAAUGAUUUAAACAGACACAAAAGCAUACACACUGGAGAAAACCCUUUUAAUUGUGAAAUAUGUGAGAAAUCCUUUGUCAGUAUUGGUAAUUUAAACAGACACAAAAGUAUACACUCUGGACAAAAACCCUAUCCUUGUCAAGUAUGUGGAAAAUCUUUUGUUAAUAAUAGUGAUUUAAACAGACAUAAAAGCAUGCAUACUGGAGAGAAACCAUAUCACUGUGAAAUUUGUGGAAAAUAUUUUGUGAGUAUAGGUGAUUUGAACAGGCACAAGAAAAUACAUACUGGAGAAAAACCCUAUCCUUGUGAAAUAUGUGGAAAAUCUUUUGUCCAUAAUAGCUAUUUAACAAGGCACAAAAGAAUACACACUAGAAAAAAUCUGUAUCACUGUGAAAUAUGUGGAAAAUCUUACACUGAUAAUACAAGAUUUAUUAUCCACAAACUUAGUCACAGUGGAGAAAAGCCUUACUCUUGUGAAAUAUGUGAAAAAUCAUUUGUCACUUUUUACGAUAAAAAAAGACACAAACGAAUACACCUUACAGAAAAACCAUUUUGCUGUGAUAUAUGUGGGAAAUCUUUUAUUCAAAAUGCUCAUCUUGUUAUCCACAAAUUUAGUCACACUGGUGAAAAACCUUAUUAUUGUGAAAUAUGCGGGAAAGCUUUUGCUAGUACUAGUCUUAUGAAAAGGCACAAAAGAAUACAUACUGGAGAGAAACCUUAUCCCUGUGAUAUAUGUGGAAAAUCAUUCUCUGUUAAGUCUAGUCUUGUAGUUCACAAACGUAGACACACUGGUGAACAACCAUUUCAAUGUGAAACUUGUGGCAAAUCUUUUGUUGAUAAUACUGAUUUAACAGGUCAUAAACGAAUUCACACUGGAGAAAAACCAUAUCCAUGUGAAUUAUGUGGGAAAUCGUUUACCAAUAACAGCAAUUUGCACAGACAUGAACGAAUACACACUGGAGAGAGAAAAUGUUCCUGUGAAAUAUGUGGAAAAUCUUUUGUCAAUAAUAGUGAUUUAAGCAGACAUAAAAGAACACAUACUGGAGAGAAACCAUAUUACUGUGAAAUAUGUGGAAAAUCAUUCACUAAUGAUUUUAAUGUUGUCACUCACAAACGUAGUCACACAGGAGAAAAACCCUAUCAUUGCAAAAUAUGUGGAAAAUCUUUUGUCAACAACAGUGAUUUAAACAGACACAAAAGCAUACACACUGGGGAAAAACUUUUUAAUUGUGAAAUAUGUGGGAAAUCUUUUGUCAGUGUUGGUAAUUUAAACAGACACAAAAGUAUACACUCUGGAAAAAAAUCCUAUCCUUGUCAAAUAUGUGGAAAACCUUUUGUUAGUAAUAGUGAUUUAAACAGACAUAAAAGCAUACACAUUGGAGAAAAUCCUUAUCCUCGUGAAAUGUGUGGAAAAUCUUUUGUCAGUGAUAGCUUUUUAUGCAGACAUAAAAGCAGACUCAAUGGAAAAAUAGUGUUUCACUGCGAACUGUGUGGGAAAUUAUUUCUCACUAAUAACAGUAGAAAAAGACACAAACUUAUGCACCUUACAAAAAGACCAUUUCAUUGUGAAAUAUGUGGGAAAUCUUUUAUUCAGAAUUCUCAUCUUGCUAUCCACAAAUUUAGUCACACUGGUGAAAAACCUUAUCAUUGUGAAAUAUGUGGGAAAGCUUUUGCUAGUACUAGUCUUAUGAAAAGGCACAAAAGAAUACAUACUGGAGAAAAACCUUAUCCCUGUGAUAGAUGCAGGAAAUCAUUCUCUAAUAAAUCUAGUCUUAUUGUUCACAAACGUAGACACACUGGAGAACAACCAUUUCAUUGUGAAAUUUGUGGAAAAUCAUUUGUUGAUAAUAGUGAUUUAACAGGUCAUAAACGAAUACACACUGGAGAAAAACCAUAUCCAUGUGAAUUAUGUGGUAAAUCGUUUACCAAUAACAGCAAUUUACACAGACACGAACGAAUACACACUGGAGAAAGAAAAUGUUCCUGUGAAAUAUGUGGAAAAUCUUUUGUCAGUAAUAGUGAUUUAAACAGACACAAAAGAAUACAUACUGAGUUAUAAAUUGGCUGUGAAAUUUCCACUAGACUGGAAAUCUUAACUGAAAUGUAACAAACACUUUUUUGUCAAAUCUAAACUUAAAAUCCACCAAAAACACCUAGAGAAAUAUUUAGGGCAGUGAAAUAUGUCAGAAAUUUAUUUGAAUUUUCAUAUUUUAGUCUAGAAAUGUGUUUUUGUUUAAGGGAAAUCUUUUCAUUAAAAAUAUUUGGAAAAUGCUUAUAAACUUGACAAAUGAAUACAUAUUAGAAAAAGAUCUGUAUUAAUGUGAAAUAUAUAAUAAUUCAUUUAGUCUAAAUUAAGUCUACACUUCUGAUUCACAGAUAAAUACAAACUAGAGAAAAUAUAAGUUGAAAUAUGUUGAAAAUCAUUCUCUCUGUGUCCUAGUCUUGUAAUUUAUAAACACACAUUGAAGAUCUAUUCAUAGAUAUUUGUUAAUUAAGUUCCUUACUCAAUCACAAUUACGAGUGGAAAAACACUUUACAGAAGUGAAAUUUGUGGUAAAUUAUUCAAAAGCCAUGUUAAACAUAUAUAAACUGGAGGAUAAUACUGUAGUGAUCAUGUAUUGAAAACAAUGUCUAUAAAUAAAUGUUAAAAAGAAAACAAACUACUGAGAGAUUCAUGUAAAAUCUUA